AUUUACGGCCUGGUGUGCGGCGGCAGGGCUAUCCAAUGUACAGUGAAGGGGAGGACAAAGUGAAAAGGAGGCGCCUCUGCAGUGUAGUCUGAGUGAAACUGCCCUGCUAGAACAACACUUUCUUCAGGACAGGAUCCACUUACAGUCCCUACCUUUAAAAACUAUGAAAAGUGGACACGAAGGUGAGUGGAAGCCCCUGUCUUUCUAACAUGGCCAACCCUUUGAGGGGAGAGGUUUUCAGACUGUACAAAAAUCUGCUGUACGUUGGCCGAGACUAUCCCAAAGGAUCAGCGUAUUUCAGAGAUCGACUGAAGUCUGCCUUCAUGAAGAAUAAGGAUGUGACAGACCCUGAGGAAAUCCAGAAACUGGUGGCCCGGGGCGAGUUUGUCAUCAAGGAACUAGAAGCACUGUGUUUCCUCAGGAAAUAUCGAGCCAUGAAGAAGAGGUAUUAUGAGCCUGAACAUUAAUUACAUACCGUACAGCUUCCUGAUAUAGACAGGAUCAGUAAAGAAGUGUAAGACUGAAUCAUACAAUGAACUGCAUUUUGAAUAUGAAGUGUAUAUAUUUGUAAAUACAUGGUUUAUGUACAUGUUUGCUGAGGAGCAAAUGUAUGUGACUGUGGAUCUGCAACAAUGUACUUUUGUUAAAAAAGCUGUGCUGUCCUGUAAAUUAAGUAAAUAUUUAUAAACUA